AUGGAUUGUGGGCGUGGUCGAACAUAUACAGAAAAACAUAUAAAUAAUUGUCAAUCACGUUUACCAUCAGCUGAAUUAAUUGAUAAUAAUAUUAUUAAAUUAAUAAGCUAUGAUAGAUUUUUUAAUUCAAGUUCAUUACUUGAUUCAACUUGGUUAAAAGGUAAAAUAAUCAAUAAUGAAUAUCGUCAAGCAAUUAAACAUAUUAAUCGACGUAUUGGUCAAUCAUUAAUUGGUACAUUAAAUAAUCUUCCAAUAAAUCAAAUAUCAAUAACUCAAUUUACUAUAUUAGCUAUUGAAGAAUUACAUGCUAAAUAUGCAGGACGUAUUCAUUUUGUUUAUAAAAAAAAUGAUCAACCAAGUGAAUUUAACACACCUCAAUCUUUUAUUUUUAUUAAUUCUAAAUAA